CGGGGUUUAGCGAUUUGUGGCUGUUGUAACGACCAGGUGAAAGUUCAACCGAACUCCAGACAUAAUGGAAGUAAAUCAGGCAAAACAAGAGCAUCUACUUGCAUUGAAAGUGAUGCGGUUAACAAAACCCACACUCUUCACUAACAUGCCAGUGACAUGUGAAGAUAGAGACCUCCCAGGAGAUUUGUUGGGUCGGCUCAUGAAGGAGGAUCCAUCCACUAUUAAAGGAGCAGAGGCUUUAAUGCUGGGAGAGAUGCUCACACUACCUCAGAACUUUGGAAAUAUUUUCCUUGGCGAGACCUUCUCAAGUUACAUUAGUGUGCACAAUGACAGCAGCCAGGUGGUCAAGGACAUACUCGUCAAGGCAGACCUGCAGACCAGCUCUCAGAGGUUAAACCUAUCAGCGUCCAACAACGCAGUCACAGAGCUGAAGCCUGAGUCCUGCGUUGAUGAUGUCAUCCACCAUGAAGUCAAAGAGAUUGGGACUCACAUUUUGGUUUGUGCAGUCAGUUAUACCACACAGGCUGGAGAGAAGCUGUACUUCAGGAAGUUCUUCAAAUUUCAGGUUCUGAAGCCGCUCGACGUCAAAACCAAGUUCUACAAUGCAGAGAGUGACCUCAGUUCUGUGACAGACGAGGUGUUCCUGGAGGCCCAGAUCCAGAACAUCACCACGUCGUCCAUGUUCAUGGAGAAAGUAUCCCUGGAGCCCUCCGUGAUGUACAACGUCGCCGAGCUCAACACCGUGGAGACUGAGGACGAAGGAACGUCUACAUUUGGGAAGAUGUCUUACUUGCAGCCCAUGGACACGCGCCAGUAUCUCUACUGUCUGAAGCCCAAGCCAGAGUUUGCAGAGAAGGCGGGCAGCAUCAAGGGCGUGACGGUGAUCGGCAAACUGGACAUUGUGUGGAAGACCAACUUAGGAGAAAGAGGAAGGCUGCAGACAAGCCAGCUACAGAGAAUGGCUCCAGGUUACGGAGACGUCAGGCUAUCGCUGGAGAUGAUCCCAGACACAGUCAACCUAGAGGAACCCUUCGACAUCACCUGUAAAAUCACCAACUGCAGUGAGAGGACCAUGGACCUGGUGCUGGAGAUGUGUAACACCUGCUCCAUCCACUGGUGUGGUGUAUCAGGGAGACAGCUUGGCAAAGUCAGCCCCAGUGCCUCACUCUCUUUGCCCCUCAAACUCCUCUCCUCUGUCCAGGGACUGCAGAGUAUAUCCGGCCUGAGACUAACCGACACAUUUCUGAAGAGGACGUAUGAAUACGAUGACAUUGCACAGGUGUGUGUGGUCUGUCCAUACAUGAGCCGGGAGAGCUAAGACCUUUCCAGACCCUUCUAGAACCCAGCACUAUAAAUCUCAAAUCGCCAUGCACCAACUUCCAAACUCUGCACCUACUAUCACCUUACAGUACACACCCCAAGGUUAUCAUGUUUUAACAGAUGUUAUGUUUUUAAUGUUUACUUUGCAAAAAAAAUCUGGAUUUUAAAUGUGAAUAAAAGCGGUAAUUUAA